CGUUAUUUCAGUGUAUUUUUAUUGUAUUAAUUUUGAUGUUUUUUCUUCACAAACUCAAAAAAAUUUGUAAAAAGCUGAAUUUAUACAUUAAUAAUUAAAAAUUUUUACAUUAAAAUUAUCUAAAAGUGAAAUAAACAACAAGAUGAUACCAAAAAAGAUGCCCGUCAAGGAUGCUCACAUAGUGAAAAUUGCUGUGGAAUAUGAAAAUCAUCUAGCACAAUUGAUUAAUUUGGACCAGCGUCAACCUUUAACUGGCAAAAUCCAAGAAAUCUGCAGUUGUUGGGGUAUUGUUGAUCCCGAAAACUAUGCUUUACAAUUUUGUGAAAACAACUAUUUAAAAUAUGUUACGGAAAAGAAUCGUAAUGAAAUUAAAAAUGGUUCCGUGCUGCGUCUUCAGUAUUCACCCUCAAAAACUGCCAAUGAUACGUUGGAAACAUUGCGUGCCGGUUCAGCUAAUGUUAAAGGUGAUUGUUUGGAAAAGUUAUCUUCACUUUCGGUUGAUGUAACCUUCGCCCUGGAAUUCAUAAAAGAACAGGGUCUAGGCAUUAUUAUAAGUAUGAUUGAAGAACCCUCCGACAAGGAGGAUAAAAUACUUAUACACAGUUUAAAAAGUUUCGUAGAACUAAUGGAACACGGCACGGUUUCGUGGGAGAUUUUACAAAAUACUUUUGUACAACGUAAUAUUUAUAUUGUAAGAAAUUUUCAAAAUUUUCCCAAAUGCACCGAAAGUGCUCUAUCGAAUUUAGAGAAUAUUGUACAGAAUAGUACGAAAUAUACUUUGGUUGAACAGGAGGUGACUUUGCAAGAUCUCUUGAGAUUAUUACAAGAUGCCAAUUCAUCGGUUAUCAUACAAAAUGCUAUAGCAUUAAUAAAUGCUCUCUUCAUGAAAGCGGAUGAGGGUAGAAAGCGCCAAAUAGCUCAUACAAUAAGUGCUAAACAAUAUCGUUUGGCUUUGAUAGGUAAUGUUACUAGCACUGAGAUGACCCAUCAAUUGUAUGUUUUACAAACAUUAACUUUGGGUUUGUUGGAGCAACGUAUGCGCAUGAAAAUCAAUGCCCAAGAUCAAGAUGCCCAUGAAAAAAUCAAAGAAUUACGUAAAAUAGCUUUCGAUGAAUAUUCCGAUCUUAUGAGCGCCGGCAUGGGUGGUGGCGGUGGCAAUUGUUCGGGCACAGGAAAUGUUAACUUUGCCCAGUAUUAUAAAAAGUUAGGUUUUAAAUGUGACAUUAAUCCGGCACAAGAUUUCAUGGAAACACCACCGGGCAUUUUGGGUCUCGAUUGUAUGAUUUACUUUGCACGCAACUACAUACAGCAGUAUCGGAAGAUUGUACACGAUAACUCUUGUCGUGGUGAUGAACAUGAAUGCCCUUUUGGACGUACUUCCAUUGAGUUAGUCAAGUUGUUGUGUGAUAUUUUGCGUAUCGGCGAAUCACCCUCUGACCAGUCUGUCGAUUUUCAACCCAUGUUCUUUACUCACGAUCAUCCAUUUGAGGAAUUCUUUUGUAUUUGCAUCAUGACUUUGAAUCGCACUUGGAAGGAUAUGCGUGCCACUGGCGAAGAUUUUCUAAAGGUAUUUAGUGUUGUACGUGAACAGAUAACACGUACUUUAAAGCAACGUCCUGAUAAUCUCGAAGAUUUCCGGGGAAAAAUUGCCCAUUUUACGUAUCAAACCAUUACGAAUUUACGCCAGCAGGAGAGGACAUCGAAAGAGGAAUGUGAUUCGACAGCUUCGGCUAUAGUUAAAUUGAAGGAGAAAAUUUCACCGCAUAUUUUGGACUUGAUAAAACAACAAAGACUGGCAUUUUUAGUAGAAGGUACCCGUUUCUCGAAAUACUCACGUGGCGCCCGUUCUAAAGAUAAGUUUUGGUACGCACGUCUCUCGCCCAAUCACAAAGUUAUACAUUACGGUGACUGCGAUGAAAAAACUAUACCAACUCUCGAAGAACUUUCCAAUAAAGUAUCCGUUGUUGAUAUCAAACAAUUAUUGGAGGGCAAAGAAUGUCCACAUAUGAAAGAAAUACGAACACGCAAGUCAGCCGUUAAUUUGGCCUUUUCCAUAACAUUCGAUAGUAUGGAUCACUCGACAUUGGACUUCGUGGCGCCCGAUGAAACCAUCUUCUACUAUUGGACCGAUGGUAUAAAUGCUCUCUUGGGCCAAGAAAUGGUUAGUAAACAGAAAAAAGAAGACUUCGAUACCCUGCUAUCGAUGGAAAUUAAACUAAGAUUGUUAGAUACUGAAGGUGUUGAUAUUAGUAAGGAUCCACCACCUGUACCAGAGGAUCCAGAAAAUUAUGAUUUUUGUUUUGAAAAUUAAGUAUUACAAAGAUACAUCGAUAUAUUCCAAGAGUAAAAUAUUAAUCUCCAUUUUUCUAUUAGUCUCGCAUUCAAAGUUUGUAUGUUAUAAUAAAAAAAAGCCAAAGUUAAUCUAAAAGUAUUUAAACAAAACGCACAUACCGCAAACCUAAUCAUUAUAAUUAUUGUCUUUUUUAUCUACCCUUUUAUUUUAUACAAAACCAAUUUAUAUAUAUUUUAUAUUAUAUAUAAAAUCAUCAUCCAAUUAUGUAAACACAAUCGUAUAAGACCCUAAUAUUUAUAAUGUUUUAUGUGUGCAAUUUCAUUUUCAACGAAUUAAUUUUAAUAAAUUUAUACUUAAAUUGAAAUGUUUUGUAAUAAAACAAAUACAAAAAAGU